AUAAAGAAACGCUAAAGAGUCUGGAGUAUUUGAGCAACGAAUACGACGAUGUACGCCGCUCUCAGAGUUCUGCUAAACAAAGAUUCUCCAAAUUCGAAUCUCGGCUGAACGACUUGAAAGAGAAGGUCGAAGGCUUAUCAAAAUCUAUUGUCGAAAUGGAAGAAUAUAGUUAUGCAUACAACGUUAAACUGGUGGGAAUACCCGAUCUUAACCCGAAGGAAACUGCAAUCGAAACAAGCAUGUUGUGUGUCAAAAUAUUCAACGCUAUGGGAGCUGAAGUAUCGAUAUCGGACAUAGAUAUUACCCAUCGUGUUAAACCGAGAAGAAAUUAUGGCGGAUACUUGAUACUUGUCAGAAACGUGGCAUGGGAGAAGGG